CUACAUGACUUGCUCUCUGUGAAAUCAGGAGUGUUCACGUUGUUGAGCAGUUCACACCACGCGACACAACGUGAAUGCCCCACAACAGGAGGUAACGCACUACACGAGUUGAGAACAACUCUAUCACCAAACGAUUCUAUCUUGUCUACAAACCACGUUUUUUCACGCAAAAUCACGCGAUAAAACGAAACGGAAAUGACGCGAAACAGCGCGGACGCCAGUAAACACACAGAAGAAGAAGAACACAACACGCGAACCUUUGUUUGAAUAUGGACGCCAAACAGAAGUUAGUGCUGCAAACCGUUUGCGCGAUGAUUUGCUGUGAAAAAAAACGCAAAAGAAAAAACAAAAGAGUGUGGGUGAAAGAGUGGAUCAGCAUACGCGGACAGCAGGGAUUGUCUGUGCUACAGAAAGAGUUGGAGAAUAAUGAUAGGACAGGAUUCAGGGAGUUGCUGCGAAUGACCGCAGAGGAGUUUGAUUUUUUGCUGGGUAGAGUCCAACAUCUAAUAACAAAGCAGGACACCAAGAUGAGACGGGCAAUACUACCUAGAGAGCGUUUGUCUUUGACCCUGCGGUUCUUGGCAACAGGUGAAACGUUCAAGUCCCUCAGGUUCCAGUACAGGAUGGGAACCAGCACCAUCUCACAAAUAGUCUUUGAAACCUGUUCUGCUCUGUACAAGGUUAUGAAGGACGAUUUCUUGAAGACACCAUCAACGGAGGCAGAGUGGCGUACAAUAGCCAUGGACUUUGAAAGGAAAUGGCAGUUUCCACAUUGCCUUGGGGCACUUGACGGAAAGCAUAUUUACAUACAGCCUCCAAGAAAAAGUGGGAGUUUUUACCACAAUUACAAGGGCAGGUUCUCUGUGCUUAUGAUGGCUGUAGUAGAUGCAAACUACAAGUUCAUCUAUGCAAGUGUGGGUACCCAAGGCCGGGUUUCAGAUGCCGGACUGUUUGCUCACUCUGACCUGCGGAAAGCAAUGGACGAGGGCAGACUAAACUUUCCCCAACCUGAGCCUUUGCCUAAUUCUGACACAAUGAUGCCCUACAUGUUUGUGGGAGAUGAUGCAUAUCCCUUAAGGCAUGACCUAAUGAAGCCAUAUCCUUUCAGGCAGAUGGACCACAGUCAGAGGGUUCUUAACUACCGUCUGUCUAGGGCACGACGGGUGGUAGAGAAUGCAUUUGGUAUUCUUGCCAACCGAUUGAGAGUUUUCAGGUCAACCAUAUGUUUGGAGCCAGACAAGGUGGUGAAGAUAACAAUGGCCUCUCUGUGCAUCCAUAACUUCCUAUGCGAACGCAGGUCAGAAGCAUAUACCCCUCCAGCUUUUGCAGACUGGGAGGCUGCUGACCACAACUUGGUUGAUGGGCAAUGGAGAAAUCAUGGGAUGGGUGCUUUUCAACCAAUUGAGAACACCUCACAUCGCAAUUGUACAGCGACAGCUAAAAUGCAACGCAAUGUGAUGCGGGACUACUUUGUCUCACCAGCGGGUAGUGUUUCUUGGCAGGACCAACACAUUUAAAAAAUGACUGAUGUAGUAAUCCCUGCGAACAGCAAGUUAAAGACUCAGUACAUAUCAGUUUAGGACAUUUGUUUUCUUGUGUGUUAUAAAGCCCUGUGUUAUUAAAGAACACAAAUGUGGUUUACAUUCAUUGUUUAACUAUUCUGUUUAUUGUUUUCUUAUUGUUCAAUUUGUUAUUUCUUUUUAAAUUGCAUACAAAUUCAAAGAUGCAGCAAGGUAACUAAUAAAAGCAACUAGUUUGUUGCAGUUAUGUACCUUACACUACCUUUAUUUCUUGUGUGUUAUUUGUCAUUAAUUGUUCAUGGAACAUUAUUAGUAUGUCUGUGGCGGUACAUGCUAACAUAUCAUAUCAUGAUAAAAGUAAGUUGAAAAACCAUUUGAAACAAAGUAAAAGGUGGUAAAAUGAGACAUGUAAUCAAAUAAAAGAGGGAUUGAAACACUUUAAAUAG